AUUAGUUAACCGUCGAUUAUUCUAUCCGUAAAUUGUCUAUCGGUGCUCGAUUCAGUCCGAUGCGAUGCUCGGUUAUCGACUGCUUUGGCCUGGCUAGUGUUUUGUGUUUUGAGCGCUGCUAAAACAUGGCGGCGCCCUCGUGUGACGGGCAGCUUGUUCCUAUCAAAAAGCCUACAGCAGUCCAAAGACCUCGGCGGGUGGCCAAUCAGAUUCCGGAUGAAAUUCUGCAGGAUCCCGAGUUGCGGGAAGCAAUGAAAGCCUUACCUGCAAACUACAACUUUGAAAUCCCCAAGACUGUAUGGCGAGUGAGACAAGCCAAGGCGACAAGAGUGGCUCUCCAGUUUCCAGAAGGCCUGCAAUUAUUUGCCUGCGUCAUCGCCGACAUCAUCGAGAGGUUCACGGAAGCGGAUACCAUCGUGAUGGGGGACGUGACGUACGGGGCUUGCUGCCUGGACGACUUCACCGCACGAGCCUUGGGAGCCGACUUCAUGGUGCACUACGGGCACAGCUGUCUCGUCCCCAUCGACUCCACCGCCGGGAUUAAGAUGCUCUACGUGUUUGUGGACAUCCAGAUGGACAACGCGCACUUUCUGGACACGCUCAAGUUCAACUUCCGGCCCGGACAGUCCCUGGCGCUCGUCAGCACGAUUCAGUUUGUGGCUGCGCUGCAGGCUGUGAGCGCAGCCCUCAAGCCCGAGUAUGACGUGCUGGUGCCACAGUGUCGACCUCUGUCACCCGGAGAGAUUUUGGGCUGCACCUCUCCUCGCUUGGACCGUGUUGUCAAUGCCAUCAUCUAUUUGGGAGAUGGAAGAUUUCAUCUGGAGUCCAUCAUGAUUGCAAAUCCAGAUAUUCCUGCCUAUAGAUACGACCCCUACAGUAAAAUCUUCUCCAGGGAGCACUACGACCACGAGGCCAUGCGCGCCUUGAGGCUGGACGCCAUCCGCAAGGCUCGCUCGGCCCAAAGGUGGGGGCUCAUUUUGGGCACGCUGGGCCGGCAGGGAAAUCCAAAAGUUCUGGAGCACUUGGAAUCAAAGCUGGAGUCGGUGGGCAGGAGCUUUUCCAGAGUUCUCCUGUCCGAGAUUUUCCCCAGCAAGUUGGAUCUGCUGCCCGAUGUUGACGCGUGGGUGCAGAUUGCAUGUCCGCGCCUGUCCAUCGAUUGGGGUUCGGCCUUUUCCAAACCGCUACUGUCUCCCUAUGAGGCAGCCGUGGCCCUCCAGGAGACAGCCUGGAAGGAGGUCUACCCCAUGGACUUCUAUUCCAAUCAGAGCCUGGGGCCGUGGACCCCCAACCACCCGUCCAACCAGCCGCCUCGCCCCCCUCGCGCCCAGGCACGCUCUCCAGCUGCUUCCCUGCAGAACGCCAACAAACAGUGUACACGGCCGCAAUGCGCCCCCUGCAGUUGCCAGGCGGAAUGACAAAAGGGACACGUUGAAAGACUUGGACUGGAACAAAGUGGGUAUACACUUAAUCCAGCCAAUAUGCCACAAAAAAAAAAAAUCUCUCACUUCUUACAGCAAAUUACGUUAUACUUGUUCACAUUUUGCAGCGUGCACGCACUUGAGAUAAUAGCUUCUACGUGCUCAUGUAUGAGUCAUAUUCCCUCGGAGAGGCGGACGGGUGUUUUUACCUAUAUAGGGUGCAAAUGUAAAGUUGGGAAAAAAAAGAGACAAUGACCCAGAGUGACUUUGGUCGACCCUUGUGACCUUGAUUUAACUUGGGUCCCUUUGUGGCAUCUGCUCUUUAUUUAUUUAACAGAGCUCUCUGUAGAAUGUUUAUGGGAAUUUAUAAUACAAUAAAUGAAAAAAAUAUAUA